AUGCAUGCAGAAGAAAAAGAGCAGAACAGAAAGAAAAAAAAAAUUUGUGGCAUCAGAAUCUGCCGGCCUCCUCCUCCCCCCCCAUCUCUCGCUCCCCCUCUCUCUGGCUCGGCUCAUGGCAUGGCGGCGGCGGCCAUCUCCCGUCCCCUCGCCGGCCGCGGGAGUCAGCGGCUUCCCGCCCCCGGUUUGAGCGGCGGCCCCUUCCUUAUCCACCAUCACGCCGCCACUCAGCAGCGACUGGGAGGCCUCCACCUUGAGCUCACGCCGGCCCUGCUGCCGGUCGGCGGUGGCCGACCUCGACCUGCGCGGAAGGGAGACGGCCCGGGGACAGUCCAGGGUGCGUGGGCGAGGGGAUGA